AUGUUUCUGUUGUUUUUCUGUGUUUCAGAGGUUCAGAGUAAUAAUGACUGGGGAGUGACUUACAGCCCUUCUCAGGGGGAUAUCUGUGCCUUUAAAGGAUCAACGGUGGAAAUGAAAUGCGAGUAUAGACACCCACCUAAAUCAGGGCGCACAUCCACCAACGUGAUAGAAACAUUUUGGAUUACUGGAAAUUAUCCUGUCAGUUUGGAGACACAGGAGGAGUAUGAAGGGCGUGUGACAAACAGCUGUGAUGAGACUAGGGGGAAGAAGAGCUGCACUUUGAGGAUUACAGACGUGAAAGAAAGCGACUCAGCUGUUUACAAGUUUAGGUUUAUUACCAACCUAUCAGGUGGAGGCUAUACUGCUGAACCAGGAAUCCGAUUGUCUGUCACAGCUGAUCCCUCUGCUGACAUAUUUGAAGGCAGCUCAGUGACUCUGAGGUGCAGCAGUAAAGCUAAUCCACCAGCAAACUACACUUGGUACAAGAAGACUAAAACUUCAAUCCUUCAACUUCACAGUCGAGUUUCAGAGUUUCUCCUGAAUAACAUCCAAUCGUCUGCCUCUGGUGAAUACUACUGUGUGGCUGAGAACCAGCUGGGGAAAAGAAGAUCUACUAACCUAAAUGUUGAUGUGAAAUAUCCUCCAAGGCUCCCCUCGGUCUCUGUGAAUCCACCUGGUGAGAUAGUGGUGGAAGGUUCAGUGAAUCUGACCUGCAGCAGUGAUGCUAACCCAGCAGCUACGUAUGCCUGGUACAAAGAGAACACAGCUUCACCAGCAGCAGAUGGACCAAUGCUGACCAUUGCGAACAUCAGAUAUGAAGAUGGAGGAAACUAUUACUGUGAGGCCAGAAACAGCAGGGGGCAGCAUAACUCCACCCUACAACUGAUUGUGGUUUCAACAGCUACGUAUGCCUGGUACAAAGAGAACACAGCUUCACCAGCAGCAGAUGGACCAAUGCUGACCAUUGUGGACAUCAGAUAUGAAGAUGGUGGAAACUAUUACUGUGAGGCCAGAAACAGCAGGGGGCAGCAUAACUCCACCCUACAACUGAUUGUGGAGUAUGCUCCAGUUUCUCCUUCUCUCUCAGCUGAUCCCUCUGCUGACAUAUUUGAAGGCAGCUCAGUGACUCUGAGGUGCAGCAGUGAAGCUAAUCCACCAGCAAACUACACUUGGUACAAGAAGACUAAAACUUCAACCCUUCAACCUCUCAGUCGAGGUUCAGAGUUUCUCCUGAAUAAUAUCCAAUCGUCUGACUCUGGUGAAUACUACUGUGAAGCUGAGAACCAGCUGGGGAAAAGAUCUACUAACCUAAAUGUUGAUCAGAAUUCUAGCCAACAGCUGGAGACUCCAUCAACUGCAGCUCUUGGAAAUUCAACAGAUCAAGAUGACCUUUGCUAUGCUGCUGUGUCUUUCUCUAAGAAACAAGAGGAACCUGUCUAUUCUAACUUUAUUCCAGCUGAACCCAAAACACCUCAACAUAAGGAUGAGGAGGAUGAUGUGGAGUAUUCAGAGGUCAUGGUCAAGAAGACGCCUGGCCCGGGAAACCAUGAUGCCUCUGAGAAGAUAUGUGCUCUAUACAGCCCAGUCAACAAAGUGGACAGAUUAUAAACAACACUCCACCUAGAAGACCUGUUCAAUGGUUCAUCAGCUUGCAUUUGUUUCCUUUUAGGUUAUAAGAAAACAAACAUGAAAGGUUUGCCGGUUCCAUUAAAAUACACACUCUGGAACCCGUGGAACACUUUGCCAAGACUGGGACUUGUUCAGCUUUCAAAACUGACUUAUUUCUUGUGGCAUAAACUGAACAGGCAAUCAGAACCUUCCUAAGAUUCGGUUCCUCGUUGUUAGAUGUCAAAGU